ACCAAAUGUUCAAUGCUUGUGGGUCGUCAAAUUCAAAGUAUUCCCUUGUUUUCACUUACACUUGGGCAAUGUUUCAUUUUUGCCAUUAAUCAUGUUACUUCAGAUCGCAUCUCAGAAGACGAAUCAGCUAAACACCACGGAAGGAUAAGGACAUUUUCUCAUUUUCCUGGUAACUGGGCUAUGCACGUGUUUAUUCCUUUCACAACCAACAGUUAUUUCGAGAGCCUUGUGGUAUCUGUGGUCGAAAGUUUGGCAGCUAUUGUAUCAAGUGAAGUUCACCUGACACCAUGUAAUGAGUUACAUGUUAGUGUGUCCAGAACAGUGCCAGUUAGACACUACUGGAUUGAGCCAAUUGUACAACAGCUAAAAAAUGGCCUCAGUACAGUGCAAAGUUUUAGGUCUACCUUGCAGUGCCCUGAAUUCUAUACAAAUGAUGAAAAAACAAGAUCAUUUUUAGCAUUGAAAGUAGUUGCAGGACAUAAAAAGCUGAAAGAGAUCGUUGCCAUAGUAGAUGAUAUCUUGGAAGAAUUUUCUCUUCCAGCAUUCUACAAGGAUCCAUCAUUUCAUCUAAGUAUUGCAUGGCUGCUUGGAGACAUCAGCUCUGAAAGGACAGAAGAAAUUCAAACCAGACUCCAGGAUAUUUUGGAUGCUUGCAUUUGUGAAAAAGAAGUUGCCAGGUCAUUGGUAUUGGAAGUAAAAGAAGUACACUGUAACAUAGGAAAUAAACAUUUUGUUUUUCCAUUGGAUGCCACGUGAUUAGAACAAGUAAGGACCAGGGAUCAAGAUCACAAAGAAAACUCUGCUGUUGACAAUAGGAGGAGUCUAAAGCAGCAACUUGCAUUGUUUUUUUUUUUGUAGGAAAGAUAGACAACUUUCUGGCUUGAGAGUGGCUGGUUAGUAAGCCAUCUUAGAUUGUUAUGAAAUGCAGACUCCAACUUUUCUCUAGUUUAGGUCUUUGCAACAAUACAUGUGGUCCAGAGAGACAAAAAAAAGAACAUUUGAGUCAUAAGCCUUUCUAAAGUGUAAAAGAGAUAAAAGAAUAUUAAUUAGAAAAAAAAAAGAGGAAAAUGAUCAAAUUUCCUUAUUGUGCUGAUGCACUUACUUUCAUAAUAUUUGCAAAAAUAAUAAUCAGAUGUCCUUAAGAAGUGAGAAAGAA